AUGAUUUUCUCGCGCGCAGGGCGCUCCGUGUUUCCCCUGCUACCUCCCUACGGUGCCCACGAUCCAUCAAAUGGGCAUAUCAUUCCUUUACAUCCAGAUGGGUUGACCCCAUAUCUGGGCCUUCGAGCGCGACUCUCCCAAGUCUGGAUCAAUCGCUGGACGAUAUUACUGGCUUUGGUGCUAGCCCGUGUUCUAAUCGCAAUUGGGGAUGUUCGACAUGGCAUGGACUCGGCCCGACGUGAGGCACUAUCGGCAUGCACUUCAGUGGAGUCGAUGGGCAGUACCAUGGCUUCUAUGCCACACUAUCUAUCGACGGGGGUCAACGAGCUCACAGCCUCGGGAGUGGAGCAUGCUGUGCGAGGUCUCAAGUCAAUGCUCCUGUUGACCAUCACCGGCGUGGAAGAGAUCAUUCUCUUCGUGAUAAAGAUGAUGUACCAGACAUAUCUCUGUCUUGCAACUAUGGUCGUGCGAGGCUCAGUGCAUGUCGCAACUGCGAUGAUCGAGGAUGUGACCGACUUCCUGAAUUCCACUAUCAAAGGUGCUGUCAAAGACAUCGAAAAGGGAGUCAACUCCUUCGAGAAUGCUCUCAAUGACUUUGCAGGCUUUGUUAAUUCGGCUGCGAGCGCGUUUGGCGCGGACAUUCCAAAACUGAACAUCGGUGACUCGCUGAAAAAGUUGGAUGACCUCUCUUUGCCUUCGUCAAUCGAUACCAAGCUCGACAAGCUGGAUGAUAGCCUCCCCACCUUCGACCAAGUUCAAAAUUUCACUGAGAACGUGAUCCGAUUCCCGUUCGAGGAGGUAAAGAAGCUAGUGAACGAAUCAUUGGGUGUGUACACCUUUGACCGGAGCGCGCUCCCGGUUCCUCAAAAGCAGCAGCUGUCAUUCUGCAGCGACAACCAUGGAAUCAACGAUUUCUUUGAUGGAGUGGGCGACCUGGCCAGCACGGCGCGAACCGCCUUCAUCAUCGUGGUGACCAUCUUGGCCGUACUUGUCUGCAUUCCCGUUGCGUGGCAGGAAAUCCGCAAAUGGCGCCAGAUGAAGGAACGCUCCCAGCUGGUCCGCAAAGAAGCUCACGACCCCAUGGAUGUCGUCUACAUUGUCUCUCGGCCUUACACUGCAGCAGCGGGUAUCAAGGCAGCAAGCCAUUUUAGCAACAGUCGCCGCCAGAUUCUCGUCCGUUGGGCCAUAGCUUACGCGACCUCAUUACCGGCUCUCUUCGUUCUCGCUCUCGCCAUUGCAGCUCUCCUCUCAUGCUUGUUUCAAUUCAUUCUGCUGAAGAGCAUUGAAAAAACGGUGCCAGAGCUCAGCGCAGAAGUGGGCGUCUUCGCCGACAAAGUUGUAGGGUCUUUGGAAAAUGCCUCGACUGCAUGGGCGACCGAUGCCAAUCGGGUCAUUCUCUCUAUGGACAAUGAUAUCAACCAGAAGCUCCUCGGAUGGGUCAACACCAGUACUACUGCAGUUAACAACACACUCGUGACCUUUGUCGAUAAGACAAUGGGCGUGUUAAAUGAUACCUUUGGUGGAACGCUGCUCGAAAAGCCCGUUCAAGACCUGUUCAACUGUCUGAUCGGGCUGAAAAUUGAUAGUAUUGAGAAAGGUCUUACUUGGGUCCAUGAUCAUGCCCACGUUGAUUUUCCCCUGCUGCCAAACGAUACGUUCUCCCAGGGUGCCAAGGAUAGCGUUUCCCAAGACGCAAACCCUUCCGCAAGUUUCCUCGCCGAUGCGGGCGAUUCGACCUCCAACAAAAUCACCGAAGUGGUCCAAAAGGUCAUCGACAAGUCGAAAGAAGGCCUGCGCACAGAGACUUUCAUCGCCUGCGCUAUUCUCUGCGUCUGGGUUGUGAUUGCUUUAAUUGGUAUCAUCCGUGCAAUGGCCCUGUUUUGGGGUCGCGAUAAAAGCCGAGGCAAUGGAGGCGGCCAUGCCAUCGAUCCUACCUUUAGCCAUUCGGGCCCAGGUGGCGGAGUCUCUGCUACAGGCUCACAAGUCCGAGGUCAGGCAGACAUUCCCCUAAGAAGCGUCUCAGGAGGAGAUCUUGGCCACGAGCAAGCGGGCUCGCAUUACGACACGACAGGUACCCGUUCUGCACAAGACCGGUCUGAGCCGACAAUAAUCAGCGAUGAGAAACUGGGAUUCGCGGGACAAAGGAACUACGAGUCAGCGCUCAGCGUCGAGGGAGAGCCGACUUUACGAAAGAGCAAUUACAUCGAGUAUGGUGGGAAGAAAGGAUGA